AUGAACGUUACAUUUACAAAUAAAGAUAUUUCGAAAAUUCUUAAUGAAUUUUAUCAAUUAGUUCGCCAUGGCAGAUUGACUGAGAUCGAAGCGUACCUUCAUAAGAAGCCUGAUGCGUACCAUAUGUUUUUGGUAACCGGCGUAUUACAUGACGAAUCCUUCAGUCUACUUAUGUUGGCCGCUCUUAAUGGGCACGAUGGAGUAGUACGUCUCAUUCUUAAUCGUACGCUAGCCGACAGGAAAAACAUUGAACAAGAAGGAUGCGUGCGCGACAUGAAGGGAUAUUUAACAAAAAAUGUAACUGCAUUGUGGUGUGCACUCGAUCGUAGACAUUUUCGUGUGGCACGGACGCUGAUAGAUCUUGGUGGUGCUGAUAUCAAUCAUGGUCCACGAUUUUCAUUAUUCGUUAAUGCUAUCAUGAGACGACGGUUCGAUAUUGUAUAUUAUCUGGUCGAGAAUGGCUAUGCUGAUGUUAACCAAUCAGUGGUAAAUGGUAAUUACAAUAUCAGCAGUCUCUUUUUAUGUGCAAUCAGGGGUCUUACAGAAAUUGCUGCCUAUCUUAUAGCGAGAGGGGCUAACAUAGAUUAUCAGACACCCACGUCUCACUUAACACCAUUGUUUGCUGCUGCUAGAUGUGGCCAUUUCGCAAUAGUCCAUUUACUUGUAUCAAAAGGUGCUUCUUCUAACGUCAAAACUAGUUCUGAUAUUACACCAUUAAUGGUUGCAGCUAAACAUGAUCACUUAAAUACGGUAGAAUUUUUACUUCGAUAUCAUCAUGAUGAAACAACAUUCGAUGAUCUAGAAUUGACAGCUUCAGUUUUCAUGCUUACAAACGGCGAUGAUCUACGUCCCAGAGCAGAAAAAAUGAUCAAUUUGUUGCGCAUUUCACUCCGUGCUCGUAUACUAUUUAAUAGGCCGAAGAUUGUUUCUCAAGCAAUACCGGCCUAUGAUAACCAGCGCGAAUGCCAAUAUGAGAGUGAACUAGAUCAAAUUGCACACGAUAAUGGUCGUCUCUAUGUUGAGGCACUCUUGAUCAGAGAACGCAUUCUUCUACCUCGAAAAGAUGCAGAGUUAUUUCAGCCAUUACUCGAACAUGCUAUCGUGCUAGCUGAGCGAGCCGAGUUUGACUUGUGUCUAAAUCUGAUGAUACACACAUUUUAUCUAUACCAACAAAUGGAACUUUGCACUGGUCUUCAUCGUUUUGUAUGGAUGUUUUGUAGAAUGUUAGGUGCAAAUAUGCCAAUUAAUCCCACUCGAUUUUUGGAGGUAUGUCGUCUGGUAUUCGAGCCAUCGCAACAGAAUACUAACGAAGUCAAUAUGGUGAAUACUGUAUACCUAGUGGCUAUUGCAGCAAAGGUUCUCGAACAAACAGCAUUGUGUAAUCAAGAUCGUCAUUCAAUUAUACAAUGGAUUAGAGAUUUGUCUCGAGAGCAACGUCGAACAGAAAAACAAGAAACCUUAUUGCAUUUGACCGUUGAUAUUCAGACAUAUUGGAAUAUUGAUUAUCGAGCUGCAGAAGUUAGACGUGUGUUAAAAUUUCCAAAUUUGGCUGCUACUCGACUUCUUGUUUGUUAUGGGAUGCGAUGGAUCGAUUUAGAUGCUGUUGAUCAAGUGCAACGUAAUACAGCUCUGCAUAAUAUUUCCCAGAGUUGGAUGUAUGAUGAUAGUAAAGACAAAAAAUCUAUCAUCGAACUGUUGAUCAAUGCAGGAGCUCAUAUAGAUUUUGUCAAUGCCAAUGGUUAUACACCUAUCGACGUAGCUACCGAUGAUGAAACUCGCACUCUACUACGAUCGAAACAGGUAUUCCCUCGACUUAAGUGUCUUUGUGCCCGUGCUAUUUCUGAUGAACGGAUAGCAUUCGAUGGUCUGUGGCCAAUGUCAACACCAAUGCAUACAUUUCUACGUUUGCAUGGUGGCUUCAAAAGAAAACGUUCCGUGUCAGAUCAUAGUAGCAUUUCGCGGGAUCAAAUUAAUUAA